GUACUUGUUUGUAUACUUCCCUGAUCUGUGUCAACAACUUUUAAGUUGCGAAUCACUUAUUUACAAGUGACACGAUUAAGUGAGUCAAUUGAAGGUCGUACGAAUACAUUUAAUCUAAUCUAAAAUAUAUAGGACAAAGGGGUGUGGUGUUGAUACAAGUUUAUCACAUGACUUUAUAACAUAUCGCAUGUAUCAGGGAUCUAGUCAUUAAUUAACUGUGUAUUGUUGUUAGAUCUUGGCGUAAAUGUAAAAGCGAUAAUUUGGACACGUUCUUAACAACACAUAAUUUGCGUCUACAAAAAGCGCGACAAUGACUGCGAAAACGGCCGUUUUAACUGCGACGUUACUGAUGACGCUGUUGACGUUAAGCCUCAGCCUUACGCCACCACCACGUUACGUCAUAAAUCUGGACCUACCGGAGACGCAGCGCUGGCAAGAAGUCGUUCUGGAUCACAAAGAUAUCGCCAAGGAUGUCCACAAGAUCCUCCGUGACUAUGUGCCGGAGGAGCUACUUCCGUUCAUAGACCUGAUCGCCACCGACCUGGAUGACUACAUUGACCAGCCGUACUCCGACGAGAUGCGAGGGAUUGCUAACAUCAUGAAUAUCAGUCUGGGAGAAGUAUUGUUGGCGAACCUUAUAUACGACCUCUCGGCGUUCUGCACGAGCAUUGUGUCCCAGGAUGCCAACGGUAUGAUCUGGCACUCCCGUAACCUUGACUACGGCUACACGGACAUGCUCAAGAACCUCACAGUGUUCGUGGACUUCCAGAGGGGCGGUCAGACCGUGUAUAGCGCCAUCACGUACGCCGGCUAUGUGGGCGUUCUCACCGGGCAGAGACCGAACGGCUUCACGAUCACCGUGGACGAAAGGGACCAAGGCAUACCACUGUGGAAUCUGAUCCUGGCGCUGUUGGAUGACAAUGCCGUGCCGAUAUCCUUCCUGGUUCGGAACUCAUUGGAUAACGACACAACAUUCGAGGAUGCUGUACAGAGGUUGGCGUACACGCAGACCAUCGCCGACGCGUAUUUCAUCAUCGCCGGCACCAAAGCCGACGAGGGCGCCGUCGUCACGAAGGGCCGUCUCGCUGCAGAUGACAUUUGGCGCCUUAAUGCUGAGAACAAUAGGUGGUUUCUUGUGGAGACGAACUACGACCACUGGUUACCUCCCCCGCCCGAUGACGACCGCCGGGACCCUGCAAUCAAGGCGAUGAACACGAUGGGACGUUCUAACAUCACCGUGGAUAACCUGUUCGCUGUCAUGUCAACGCCUCCCGUCCUCAACAAGAAAACCACUUACACCAUUGUAAUGUCGGCUGGAAAACCCAGCAUUAUGCAGGCCUGGAUUCGAGACUAGACGAUUCUGCAAAUAAGAGGCGUGUGUAAAAAUAGUUAUUGUGCCAUGGGACCAUACAGUCUAGACAUUUGUGUCGAGUUAUUAAAUAUAUUUCUUAAAAGGCAAUAUUAUUAUACUAUUAUGACAUUUAUUAAAAUAUUUAAAGUUUA